CACCUCUUUGCGCUUCAAGCCUGUUAUGUCAACGUUACUGGGACACAAGCAGUGGUCAAACUCACUGGAACUUCAUGUAAAGAACAUAGACGAAGAGGAAGAGGAUGUUUGGAAUUGACACGCUGGCAGCACCCUGUCACCUGGCAGCUUUCUUGCUCAUGAUCACCUGCUGUGGACCAGUCUCACCCCUGCACGCUCCUCCAGCGACAACAGGCUCAGUUUUCUCGGCGACACGCACCAGCAGCAUCGUGGGCGGCAAGCAGAGCGUCGUGACUUUCAACAAGCUCACUGUCAACAUUGGCAGAGAUUUCAAUCCAGACACCGGUUACUUUCGCUGCCGCAUCCCGGGAGCGUACUAUUUCGCCUUCUCGAUGGGAAAAUUCCCCAAUAAAAUUCUGUCUGUCAUUCUGGUGAAAAACGGGCGGGAGGUACAGGCUAUGGCAUAUGAUGACUACCGCAAGAAAGGCAGAAAAGUUCAAAGUCAGAGUGUCAUGAUCACGUUGGCGCACAUGGACACAGUGUGGUUGUUGUUGCAGCCGAGUUCUCAGUACGCUUUGUACAGCAAUGCCGGCCCUUACAUCACAUUCUCCGGUUACCUUGUCUAUCCUGAUUCAAGCAGCUACACCAGCAACCACCUGAAUCCUCACCCAAACUGCCCACCUCAGUCUGCAUCCUGGACAGAGCAGCCACAAUCUGCCUUCUCGGUGGCACGGACAUCCACCGUCAUAGGUCAGAGUAGCAAGCAGCGGAAGCACAAGUCACCUUUGACCUUUGAUGUUGAAUAUGUCAACAUUGGGGGACAUUUUAACACAUCCUCAGGCAUGUUCACUUGCCGCUUCCCGGGGGCUUACUAUUUUGCUUUUACAGUGGGGAAACACCCUCGUAAGGCUGUUUCUGUGAAGCUGAUGACUGGGACGGGUCAAGUGCAGGCCAUGGUGUUUGACGAGGACACGUCCAAGAGACGGGAGAUGCAGAGCCAGAGCUUGCUGCUGUCCCUUCGCCAGGGUGACACUGUGUGGCUGUACAGUCAGCAGGACGAGCGCUAUGCAGUGUAUAGCAACCAAGGGAGGUACACCACCUUCUCUGGCUUCUUGGUGUAUCCUGCAGCCUCUCACUCCGAACACAAAUAAGGACUUAUCCGUAAGACAAAUGUGGCAGACACUCAUUUGUGACUUUUCAUCAUAGAAAAGUACUUUUUUUUUGUUAGCAAGGGCUUUCUUUGCACAAGCCAAAGAUCAUUUUAUGUGUAAUGUGCGUUGUCGUGUAUCUCCACAAGGUGGUGAUCUGACACAAUGAAUGCAGAAAAUUGAAUGUGCGCUUUUUGAGUACACACUGUAACGCAUUUAUAUAUUGCAUUUAGAGCAGGGAAGCCCAAUGGGUACCAGAUUUUGAAUAGCUCCCCAAUUGAUCAAAGAAUGUGCAUGUGCAUAAACUCUCCUGGCGUAUAACUAGUAAGCCUCUUUUUAAGAGAAAGACACAAAAAAAGGAAUUUUGAGGCCAGUUGCCAAUUGUACAGUUGCAGCACAUUGUAGAAAUAACAUUAGACAAAACAGAGUACAAAAGGCACAGUGUAAAAUGAAAACACUGAAAUGUUGAUACUAAUAAGUAGUCAUAAUUAAAAGUUGACAUGCACUCAAAACUUGCUUAUUUUUUGCAGUGUUCACAAAAAGAUGUAAAUAGGUAAGUGUACAGUGUUAAAUAAUACCAUGCAUUCACCCAAACAUAUGUCAGUUAUAACAAUCGUGACAACUCACGACUUUUAGAUAUCAAUACAAAUAAGGAAGUUGCACAUUUCUAUGUGGCACAAACAUCUGUGUAAGAAGAGUAAGUCAAGUGAAAAGUAUGAAACUCUGGACUAAUACAAUCAGUGAAAUUAUA